AGCAUGUCUCAACCUCAUACCCUUUUCAGCGACGCUACCAUCGACCCCUUUCUCCUCUCUGAUUCCGACCAGAGUUACUCGCAAUCUGAUUACGAAGAACUGUUCCCACCAGAUGGCGAAUCUCCGCUGUCUUCGCUCACUGAUAACGGCAUCUUCGACGGCCUGGACUUUGCCUUGGACGACAGUUCGACACCGCCAACAGGAUCCUCCCGUUCAAGUUCAACUUCUCCAGGUGACUUCUCAGACUUCAAGUUUGAUCACAAAAAUAUCUCUACCGAGGCCUUCAACAACAACAGCAACAAUAUACCAGUGUACCCUGUAUCGCCAUGCUCUCACGCACCAGACCCAUACCCCUUCCUAUCCCAGCGCCAACAACAAAUCCUCCAACAGCCAUCCCUGCUGUACCAGCACAGUAUACCCCCAACCCCACUCAUCCGACAAACACCACACAACAACAUUUCGAACCCCCAACGUCCCCUCCACGUCCGCUCGUACACCCAUAAUCAACAGCCCUCCUUUCACCGACAAGACCAGUACGACUUCACCCCAGUCCCCAUCCACCAGCCCCAACCCCGUCGACGCUCUCUCAGUCAUGGAGAUGCCCAACGUCUUGCAGAACACAUGACCCCGACUUUCUUCCGCCUGCAAAUGACGCGCGACCGUUCCCCUGUUCCAGCGAGAAGCAGAAGCGGACGUGGGCCGCCAAAGAGACCGAGAGCCACGCCGUACCAGCAGCAACCACAGCAGCAACAUACCAGUUAUCCUCGCUAUAUUAGUCCGCAUUCAGGGCCUGAUGAGAGGAGUAGAGAAGAAGCACAGAUCCCUUCACUAGGAGGUGCUGUGGACGCGAAGAAUGCUUCGUUGCAGAAUGUAUACCAUCCUCCUCCUCCUCAUCACCAGUCUACAAAUACAACUAUCCACACGCCCGCUCUCACCACCACACCUUCUUUCCCUGCAACAAACAACUAUAAUAGUCCAUCGCACCACCACAGUGCGGCAAAAACGUGCAGGGAGUCUACAAACGAGCUUCACGAGUUACACACUGCGUCGCCCCCCAGCCACUGCAGCAUCCCGCUGCAAAUCACGGGAUCCUCGCAUACAUCUUCACCGCCUCACCGUAACCCAGCACAACAAGACAUAAAGAAACAAGAAAACGGAGAAAAAGAGGAAAUGCCGCCGUUUCUAAUGACACACAUGCCUCGCGCGGAGCAAGUGGGAAAAAGUCCACGCAUCAUCGAAAUCGGCGCCAUGGCCGUCGUCAACCGCAGACAUCAUCAUCACCACCAUAUUCCCCAGCUACACCAAGAUCCGCAGUUGGGUAUAAACUCCCCUCCCACCAUUCCCGUCUCCCGGGACGAUGAGGCACGGGAAGCGCGUUACGCUUCAAGCUCAACGUAUCGCGAACCCCCAGGCAACGCGCAGAACAUGCCUGCAAAUACAGUGAGAAACACUCCCUCUCCUAUAACGAAGAGCGCGGGUACAGCGACGCGCGAGCUCGAGCUAGCUAGACUUCGUAUCGUGGAAUUAGAAAAGCUGCUCGAGCUCGAUAUCGAUGGCACCGAGAAAAAGCCCGCGCUAGUACACAGCGACGAUAACAACAAUAAUAAUAAUGACUCGCUACUCCGCUUAGCAGUUCCAACAAGCACCAUCUCCCCCACCAAUCUCGAGACCGCAGGACAUAAAGAGAAUGCGGGGGGAUCCAUAUCCCCUCUUCCUCUCCCUUCUUCUUCUUCUUCCCAAACACCCGUACCCGAUAUCGCUGGAGAUGAAUACAACGAUAUAAGCAUAGACAUACCCAUGACGACGACGACGAUGUCGUAUAAAGAUCCUCCGCCGAGGAAACAAUCUGUGCUCGAGGCGCCGAGUCGGAGUAUGAUAUCGUCUGGGUUUGACGAUGAUGAGGAUGGGUUUGGGGGGUUGUUUGGUGGGGAGUGAGGGGUAGAGGAAAAAGUGUGUUUGUAUUUGUGGCUAAGGGAGGGGGGGGGAUAUGAUUACUAUAAAGAAAGACAGGCGGUGUGUGUUUCGAGGAGGUCGUUCGAGAAGGGCGAAGGGGAGAGGUCAACGAACUUACAUGUUUGUGUGUGUGUAUAGAUUGGGGGCAGGUGUUGGCGUUUGUUUCGUUUCUUUGUCGAAUUUCCAGUCUUUCCUUUUUUGGGGGGGGGUUUAAUUUGGGUUUGUAUAGAUUCCUCUCUUUUGCGUUCAAGAAUAUAUAGCCAUCUAUCAUCCAACCUUCCAACUCCGAAUCCAUCCAGCAUCAACCACCUCAUCAUCAUCAUCAUUAUUUCAGAAAUAGGCUAUAUAUAAAUGUAGAUUAAGUAAAGAGACAUUUUUAUAAACACCGCAACUUCAACACAAUCGAAAUCGACGCCGUUGAUUCAUAGAUGAGCUUGAAUGAGACUGGUCUUUCUUGUGCUGCAACUCACUGAUAGCCUGAAACACUGUGAUAUUCUCUCUUUUUUUUUGCUGUUUGAUUCCAAUCUAGAGACACCAACUAGCUACCGUGCGAACCCUCAAUGUCUGUUUCAGUUAUAUAUAGUCUUUCUCACCAUAUGGUGGGUGUGUGUAUGCUGGAUAUCUCUCGAACUCCCUAAUAUCUCGACAGCAAGACAAGUCGCAAAAUCCCCAACCAAUCUAACGACACAUCCCACAUCUCCACGAAACAAAAAACCC